UACAGUGAUGAAAACUACACGACGCGAAGCCGGCCGACCGUUGAACCGUCGUGUUUAUCUUCCAUAGCGUCGAAAUAUCUGCUUUCAUCUGACGAUACGCUGUAGCUAAGACGUUUCGUUGUGUCUGCUUUGUUUCAAAACACGUUUAUUCAUCUAAAUCAAGUACCAUCGGUCAACAAAAAGAAGCGAGAGACGAGAAAGUUGCAAUUUAUCAUCACACCCAGUAGCUGGAGAAGGAGAGCUAGCAGCAGCGGCGUCGUCUCAUAUCCGGAUCGUCACAAAACGGGAAGAUUCGAGCUUCUUGUGUCUUGUUGGGGGUUUAGAGUUUAGCGAAAUGGCGUGUGGGGCUACGCUGAAGAGGACUCUGGAUUUUGACCCAUUAAUGAUCCAGGCUUCCCCCAAGAGGAGGAGGUGCGCCCCGAUACGGUCUCCCGUCACCUCGCCUCAGAAGUACCUCCGUCUGGAGCCUUCGCCGUUCGGACAAGUGUCGUCCAGACUCACCACAGAGCAAAUUCUGCACAACAUCAAACAGGAGUAUAAGCGGCUCAAACGGCGAAACUUGGACACGUAUUUCCAACAAGUAGACGGCUUCUCGACUCUGGAUCUUCUCAAUGUCCCCAGUGCAUCUUCCCCAUCAGGUUCUUGCUCAGGUGCGUCCUCCCCCACCAAGAAGGAGCAGCCUUUAUUUUCCCUUCGGCAAGUUGGAAUGAUCUGUGAAAGACUACUAAAGGAGCGCGAGGAUAACAUUCGAGAGGAGUAUGAUGAGAUUCUGACCACAAAAUUAGCAGAGCAGUAUGAUGCCUUUGUCAAGUUCACGCAUGAUCAGCUCAUGCGAAGGUUUGGAGAACAACCUGCCAGCUAUGUUUCUUGAGUGGACAUGGAGAAUAAUUGAAUCUGCUGGAUGCUGGAGUGGUCCAUUUGGACUUUGUCCCAGCUGUGCCAUAUCGCCUCCCAGUGGACUUGAUGGACUAGUCUGUGGCUUUUACGUUUCUGCUGUUGCUGCUGCCGUUUAGGAGGACUCCCCUGCUGUUGUUGUGUCUGACCUUCCGUGACUUCCCAAAGUGGCCUCGCAACAUUUCUUUGGCUUUCUUCUCUGGAGGCCUUCACAUAUUCAAGGGCAACUGCCACCGUAAUUCAAUUCUGUUCUCAGUUGUUCUUGUUUUACAAAUGGAAAUUUAGUUUGUACUUUUUGAAAAAGGGAUUAGAUCCUGUCAAAGGGAGCUUUCACACUAGACUCGAUGGAUUAGAGAAUGAUUUUUUUUUUUUUUUACACCAGACAACAGGCAUUUAUUGCAUCUGCAUUACACUGACUUUUACUCAAAACACCAAAACAUUUGCUUGUUGUAAUAGAGGAGGGGGUCUUAAAAUCUCAAGAACUAAUAAACUGUUUUUACAG